AUGGCGUCCUCUGACUCUCACGGAGAGAGCGUCAUGCUCCUAGCGAACAAGGUGAAAUCAGGCAACGUCAAAGAACGUGAGAAAGCUGUGGAUGAUCUAUCCCAAUUUUUGAACCCAAGAAAUAGAUCAGCGAAUCUAUCCAAGCUAGGAGACAAAAGCUACCACGAGAUAUUUGAAGCCAUAUUUAACUUCGUGCUCCGUGAAAAGCCAAAUUAUUAUGACAAGAAGAAAUCACAGUCGACAGCGAAUACCGCCGCAACACGGCUGUCCAAAUGUGCGGCUGCAGUCAGGAUGGCGGCAAUCCGUGGAGCCGCCAAGAUAGGACGAAAGACGAUGCUGGCCGUCAUAGAUCACAUCACCCAAGUCUUGCCUGGACCUGAUGAGGAUUUUGUGCGGCCGCUAUUGCAAGAUUAUGUCAAAGCAUUGACAGAAAUUGUGUCUCGGCAGGCUAACGCUGAGCUCUUUGCCAGAAAAAAGGCAGAGCCAUGGCAGGCUUGUGUCGACUUAUUUCUCGAUAUUGCCCACCAUAUCCUUCCGAAUGAAUCCAACACAGCCUCUUUGCCUCACACUACGAGGCCUUCUCCCGCACCGACUGCCUCUGCUCGGUCCUUGCCAAGGUCAAACUCGGCAACACAAGCCCAACGUCAUACUGGACAGGCAGAAGGUGGCCCAUUGAAGGAUGCUCUUGAAGGACUCUAUCAUCUAGUCUCAGCAGCCAAUGCUCCGAUCCCUCGGGGAGCGCAAGACAUUACCAACCUAGCCCUGAGAGUCUUGAAUACCAAGCAUCUUAGCCCCGGUUCCACGCAGACACUGUGCUUUUCAAUCAUUAAUACAGUCUUUCGAGCCACUGAAGCAGAUAACCUUGACGAUGCGAUUGCUUUGGCGAAAGACCUGCUACCUCAUAUGGGCUACUGGUGGCGCGCGGAAAAGGUCUCUCAGGAUGAACUUAUUAAAGCUCUAAGGAAUGAGAUAUGCAGGAGCAUAUAUCUUAUGCAUCUACAUCUGGAGCAUCUUGCGGUUAAUCUUUGGGACGCAAACGUACGCAAUGAAUUGGAAAACUUGAUCGAGCCUCUAUGGCAAGAGUAUUCCAAACGAAGCGAGGCAUUUCGUCUACAACUUGCUGAUUUAACCUUCACCCCAUCACCAUCACGAGGGCAUGUCAUGCAACUUGGCCUAUUUGGACUCCGUCCUCACGAUAUCGAAGGAGAAAGCCACUGGGCAAUAGUUCAGAACCUUGCCCUCUUGGAGGCGAUAUUGUUACGUCCUAAGAAGGAUACCAUUGAUAAUUAUGCCGACAAUAGAGAGCAACCCAGGAAAAGGCGACGGAUCCAACAGGACCCAAAUCCCAUCAGAAUCAAGCUCAAGUCGCAACAUGCCGGAGUUGUUCGAACUGCUUUGCAGCUGGUUCCAUUCAUGCUUGUAACCAAUACGCUGAGUGCCAACGAAAUCGACGAUCUUCUCGUAGACCUUGUUGGCUUCGCUGGAGAUAAAAGUACCAUCACAGCGUCCUGGGCCUUAAUUGCCUGCGCCAGCUGCGCUCUAUGGUCCAAAGAGUGUCGACUUCAACAAGACAUAUGGAGGCAAAUAUGGCAUUUGGCUGCCCGUUCAGUCAGCCUUCCAGCAACAAGUCGUGCUGCAUGUCUCUUACUGCACAGCAUAAUCGAAACUGAUAUUUUGCCAUACCAUAACCUGUCCGACGAUAUAAACAGCAUAAUUACAACAGCAGAUAUCAACGGACCUGGUGUGUUAUGCGACACAUCUCUUGCAUUGAUGUCACAUUUAUUCCAUGUUCGCAAUUCAAGGCUGCCCAGCGCUAGCCAUAGCACCUCGAGCCACAUCAUAAGAUGGGUUUUCUUACGGUGGAAUCCGAGCGAGCUAUCAUAUGCUUCAUUUCAAUCCGCACAUACACGCCCUAAUGAUCUCGUCAACAUUUUGCAUCUAUGCUGUGGAGCUCAACCCAUUUCUUUAACUCGCCAAGAUUCUGCCUCUGGUGGUUCAUUGGGCGAGACAUGGAUAUCCCAGAGAGAGAUUGGAGAUUUUAACGAGUACCUUCUCCUAUUGGGACAUGAAACUAGCGAUACCAUUUCCAACGAGUGCUGUUAUUCAUCGGCUAAAGAAGCUCUCCCUCUGGCUGCAGAUGCCACCAGUUUUUUCGCUCUAAAGAAGCUUGUUUUAGAACUCAUCUAUCCCAAACUCGAAGAGCUGAAAGAGCUGUGUGUCUCAUGGACGAAAAAAGCCAGUGAUGGCGGAACUCAAAUAUCAUUUGAUCGGUUUCGAAGCCUCAUGUCUGCUUGUAUCAUGGGAACGUUACUGAUACCACAUCUAAACGACCUUAAUUCGACUCAAUCUUCUUCCCUCGAGACGCUUCUAUUGGAGCUAGCCGAGGGCGGUAUAUUAGCUGCAUUGAGUUCAGUUGAGCCUGCGGCAUUCGUCGAGUUGACUUUGAAAGAGUUGAGGCCCUGCAUACCCGAAAUCAGCACAACCAAUCUAGGCCAGAUGUGUGCGAAUAGUCCAGGCAUUCUUAAUCUUCUUUCCAAGAUGUCCGAAGUCAUAGAGCAGCGACAGGCAAGUCAGCGCUCAGGAGACCAUUCAGACUUCAUGGAUCUGGAUGACGAUUUCGGCUCCUACGACAGCCAAGUUGUGACGGCAUCCAAUGCUUAUUCAGCCCCAAGGCAGAAUAUACAGCUCUGUCUAAAUGCCCAAGCAUUCGACAUCGACACGAGGCUGCGACUAACACUCCUAAAACUCAUCUACCAGGAUAGAAGUCAACUGGGCUUGUUGACAUCUUCAUACAUCAAGGAACUCUUGGCACUGUCCGAUGACGAGCUACUCUCAUGCCAGCGUCUCUUAAUAGAGAUUGUUAGAUCAGACCUUAUCAUGGAUGGAGAAUCGGCUUUGGAUAUAGUUGAGAGGCUUGGAGAGAUAGUCGGAAAACCCGAAUAUCAGUCAUGUGAAGUUGCCCAGACCACUUGCAUUGAGGUGAUCGAUGGCCUAAGCAAUACCUGGCUUCAUGAUAACCAGAAUCUGGCAGAUAGGGUUGGCGAUCUUUAUGAUCACUUUGUCAAAGUCUGCUUGCCUUCCAACAUUCUUUCUCCCAAGACUCAAAUGUCUCUCGCCCGCUUAUUAUUCACUCUUUUGAGAAUCAAUCCUGAAUACGGAAGUAGCCUUGGGCUUGAUUCAUGUCGAACAUCAUUGCUCCUCAUACUAAAAAAGGGUCCAAUGAAAGUCAAAUGCUUCAUUGCAGAGAGGGUGGCUGAUGUAUUUGAGCUCUAUAUUUUGAUGCUGCAUGAUGAGGUUUUUGUCGACAUCUUAGACAACCUUCCAGCAGACCCUGACAAUAGCGCAGGCAUUGCCUUCCGUUUGUUGGUUCUAUCCAAGAUCGCUUGCAGCUGGCCUACUCUUCUCAGGAGAUGCACCUAUCAUAUUUUUGAAACUCCAGGCAACAUAUCACAAUCAGCCGAUUACGCAAAACGAUGUUUAGCUGACAUAUCCCUGGUCCUAAACCUCAAGUCUCCAACAGAACUCUUUCAGCUGUUUUCUCGCCAGCUACUAUACACUUGGCUGGAAAUGAAGACUGUUGAAACCAUUCCGUAUUCUAUCUUUGGAUAUGCCAGCCUUGGGGAUUUGUUAAAAUCUGCACAAGCUGAAGCCAUCGGUCUAGCAAUAAUGCGAGGACAGGAAAAUACGAGUGCCGACAUAGCUCGACUCGUUGGCAUACCAGAGACUCAGCUUAUCCAACAAAACUUCGCAACCGCGCUGUCAUAUGGCUUACUAUAUGCGACUACGUUUGGGAGCCAAGAAAAGAUAAAGGGAGAAGAUCGCAUCAAGCAAAAACUGGGCACAAAGCCAUACAUCGAGUCGGUAUAUGUUCAUUUCAUCGACAUAGUUGCCCUUUUGUUUGACCUUAUUGAUCAAGAAGAUCCUGUGGAGAAGGUCUUUUUAAAACAAGCGCACCUCAAAUACGCAGGCGAAAAUUUGCAAGCAAUCAAGGCUAUUGCACAUUCACCUGCCAAUCUUCCGCCGAACCAGCAGCCGAUGUUUAGAGCCAAGCCAGUGUUCAAUGAACUUAUCCGUCUUUGCCAAGGUACAGAAUUCCAAUUUCACGACCUCUGGACGCCAGCCGUGGUAGUUGCAAUCGCUAGGAGGCUGUUCAAUACAGUGCAUCCGGCGCUCGGCUCUCUUCAUGCAUGCUCUGUACUUCGCAAGGUGAGGAUACUGGUCUGCUUGGCUGGGCCUGUGGCUUUGGAGUCAUACUGCUUGGAGAUGCUCUUGAGCUCUAUUCGGGGCUUCAUUGUGGACUCAGAAUGCGCAGACGAUGCGCUCGGAAUUAGCCAAUAUCUACUCUCUCGGGGUAAAACCUACUUGACCCAAGUACCCUCAUUUCUUGCUGGCUACUCUCUGUCCGCCUUAGCAUCUCUGAGGGUUUUCCUUGAGUCCAGUCAAUCCAGCACUACACAGGAGAGCCAGUUCAAGGCCACUAUGAGCAAGGCACAGAAGUUCCAUGAGUGGUUCAGCCAGUAUCUAGCAGAUUAUACAUCCCCUAGAUUCGAGAGCCAGGCGCAGAAUGACCUCUUCAAAUCCAUCACACUGUCGGCAGCCCAUAUACGAUCUUCCGGGAAUGCAGAGAAGAAUACUUCGGAAAGCAAGCUCCUUUUAGAUAUACUAAAUGAUGAAACAUCAGAGAGCCAGCUCCUCAACGAAGCUUCGCGACAACUCGCCCUUGGCCUUCUUUGUGGCGAUUUUACGAUCCCAACACAUAGUAGGAACGACGUUAUUGAUAGCGAUCAGAGUGCCAUUGCUCAUGCUUCAGCGGUAUGGAAGAGUUGUGGAGCACAAAGUCUCAGUGAGAACUAUCUAUCCUGGGUAGGACGUGUCGUCGGUCGUUCGUUCCUAGCCUCUGGGACUAUACCUGAAGAUAUCUUGAGAGAAUCACGGCUUGAUCAAUAUGAAAAGAUAGCGCCAGGACCCCAUGGAUCCGAAAUGGGUCUCCUUCAUCUCCUUCAAGGUCUUACGAUGGAUCCCAAUUCUGUCACAGCCGGUUUAGCUGAAGCCACUUUGCGAACCGCAAUAUCGCAAGCCGUCGUGGAAGACGAUGGACCCCUUGUCACGGCGGGGCAGCGAAGCUUGUCUGAGUCGCUUUUCGUCGCAUCUCAAUGGGGCGCGUAUCGCACUCCUCCUUCAGAAGCCGCGUCUGCUGAACUACCAGAGGAUGAUCAGUUUUCUUGGGCUGAAGAUGUUACCUCGCAGAACUGGCUACGUCGGUUGAGUGCAUUCCUUGCUCAAUCAGUACCCAGUUCAAUCCUUCUCUCCGUACUCGCGCCAGUGCUUCUAAAAGUGAGCGGAUUUGCUGAAAAGGCCUUCCCUUUCAUCGUUCACCUAGUGCUCUACUUCCAAUUAGAGCAGCAACAAGCUACGAAGAAGUCACUGUCUGGCGCCCUAAAGCAAUGGCUAGGAUCGACUGAGCCUACGGCUAGAGAUAACAUCAAACUCCUGAUCAACACGAUUCUCUAUCUUAGAACGCAAGAAUACCCCAAAGAAGUGUCUAUAGCAGAUCGACUACACUGGCUGGAUGUUGAUUACUCUAUGGCAGCGUCAUCCGCGACCCGGUGUGGUAUGCACAAAACGGCUCUCCUAUUCGCUGAAAUAGCCACUUCGGAAACAGCCCGCGCAUCUCGAAGGGCUUCCAUUGCCAAAGAAGCGGAUAUCAAGGAAACUUUGUUGGCGAUCUUCGAAAAUAUUGAUGAUCCGGACGCGUACUACGGCUUGCCUGAAGAUGCCAGCUUGUCAAAUGUCCUAUCUCGUUUGGAAUACGAGCAAGAAGGGACAAAGAAUCUAGCAUUCCGGGGCGCUCAGUACGAUAGCCAUAUUCGCCUGCGACAAAAUACUUCAGAAUCGGACGCCCAUGCCCUAGUAAAGGCACUUGGCAGUCUUGGAUUCGCCGGGUUGUCUAAUUCUCUAUUGCAAACCCAGCAGAAUCUUGGCUCAACGCCGUCUUCUAUAAAAAGCACAUUUCAUACUGCUAGAAGACUCGAAAUAUGGAAUCUUCCCGUGCCAGCCACAAGCGACCAUCAUGCUGUCGUAACAUAUAAGGCGUACCAGACUAUGCAUCAGGCUACGAACCUCUUAUCAGUCCGGACAGCCGUAUAUGAUGGUUUUGCUCGUACAAUGAAAAAUCUGGUCGGCGGCAACCACGAGAUUUUGAACAUUGCAGAUGUAACGGAACUGGAGAGUCUGAUGAGCCGGUUUCAGGAACGCAGCCAAUGGAUGAAAAGUGGCAUAUAUGACGAUGUCAGCCAAAUCCUGUCUUGUCGAGGAACGACCAUGAGCAUGUUCACUCAACAUGCAUCACUUCUUGGAAAUGCCACACUCUCCGUGGCAGGCAUACGGCAGAUGGAAAUCAAGUCGAUGCUUUUAGCUUCCGGUAUCUAUCGCUAUCACCAAGCUACACAAGAAUCGCUAAACAUUUCGACGGCUCUCAGUGAUCUUAUAAAGCCUUGCGAAGACUUGGGCGUUCAUGUCGAUGUUGCUAUCAAGAUAGAAGUGGCAAACUCACUAUGGGACCACGGAGAGAUGACCACAUCGAUCAAAAUGCUACAGGGCAUCGAUAACCCCACAGCGUUGAAGAAACAAGCAAUACCUGUGAGCCGAUCCGACCUUCUUUCGAAGAUUGGCCAUAGGAUGUCCGUUGCACGCUUGGAGAAGCCCCGAGAUAUACAAAAGAAGUAUUUAGAGCCAGCACUUAAGGAGCUCAAAGGCGGCGUCGAGGCAAAAGAAGCGGGCUUGGUAUUUCACCAAUUUGCCGUCUUUUGCGAUGAGCAGCUCCAAGAUCCGGACAGCUUGGAGGAUCUCACACGUUUGCAAAACUUGAAGAAAGGCAAGAAUGAUGAAGUUGAGGAACUAAAGUCACUUAUUUCCUCCACAAGAGAUUCGCAACUGAAAGCCAAAUACACACAUGUCUUGUCAAAGGAAAAGCAGUGGCUUGACCUUGAUGAGCAAGAGCUACGCCGUGUUGAAAUGACUCGCAGCGAGUUUGUUCGUCUAAGUCUUGAAAACUAUCUACUGUCACUGGCCUCUUCUGACGAACAUAACAAUGAUGCCUUGCGAUUCACGGCGCUGUGGCUCGAAAAGUCAGACGAUGAAGCAACUAACAAGGCAGUAACGCGGCAUCUCUCUAAAGUCCCCACAGCCAAAUUCGCAGGCCUUAUGAGCCAGUUGACAUCGCGACUACAGAACCAAGAUUCAGCGUUUCAGGAGCUUCUCUCAAAUUUGGUGUACAAUAUUUGCGUGGAUCACCCUUACCAUGGUAUGUAUCAUAUCUGGUCUGGCACAAAAGCGAGGGUGCAACAAAAGGACGAGGUUGCAGUCCUCCGUGUCAGGGCCAACGACAAAAUCGCAACAAAGCUUGCAAGCACAAAAGCCGUUGCCGACAUCUGGGUUUCGAUUGAGAAGACAAGCAAAGGCUAUCACGGCCUUGCUCUAGAAAGAGACCAAGCAAAGUACAAGUCCGGUGCCAAAGUUGCGUUGAAAGAUUCUACAGCAGCCAAAAAUUUGAUGAACUAUCUCGCAAAGUUUCGCAUACCUCCCCCGACCAUGCACAUUGAGGUCAAUGCCAACAGGGAUUAUUCCAGGGUCCCCUUGAUCUCAAGACUCGAACCAACUAUGACAAUCGCCUCGGGUUUGGUGAAGGGUGGGCAGGACGAUCUUCGUCAAGACGCCAUCAUGGAGCAAGUCUUUGCGGCAGUGUCGUCCCUGCUCAAGCUUCAUAGAGCUACACGACAAAGGAACCUAGGCAUUCGAACAUAUAAAGUGCUUCCGCUGACAGCCUCGUCUGGACUUAUCGAGUUUGUCCGCGACACAAUUCCUCUACAUGAAUUUCUCAUGCCAGCACAUGAACGAUACUACCCACGCGAUCUUAAGGGCUCGCAAUGCAGAAAAGAGAUAUUCAAUGUCCAGAACAGAACGGUGGAACAGCGUAUUAGCACAUACCGAAAGGUCACAGAAAGGUUUCAGCCCGUCAUGCGAUACUUCUUCAUGGAGUACUUUGUAGACCCUGACGAGUGGUUUGUAAAGCGGCUAGCAUACACGCGCAGCACGGCCGCUAUAUCGAUGCUCGGACACGUGCUCGGCUUAGGCGACCGCCACGGCCACAACAUCCUGCUGGAUACCAAGACCGGAGAGGUCGUCCAUAUUGACCUGGGCAUCGCGUUUGAGACUGGCAGAAUUCUACCCGUGCCGGAGCUUACAGAGGGUGUAUUCCGCCGCUGCUGUGAGGUCACUCUUGAUGCUCUCAGAGAGGAGCAGUACUCAAUCAUGACAAUCUUAGAUGUGUUACGAUACGAUCCUCUGUAUAGCUGGUCCGUGUCUCCUGUACGGCUAGCCAAAUUGCAAAAGGCCCGACAAGAUGAUGACGGAGCCAUUGAUGACGCCGACCAAGCAGAUGUGGACACGAAGAAGGGAAAGAAAUCUGGGAGCCACCUGAAUGAGCCGUCUGAAGGCGACCGAGCCCUGGAAGUGGCAACAGACGAGCGAAAUCUUGCGGUGUUGUAUUCUGGGUGGGCUGCUUAUGCAUAA